GCCAGGGCUCAGUAACGAAACUGUCGAGUGCAUCUUGCAGGUCAUUAACCUAGAGCCAAGCAAGUCAAAAUACCUUUCGAACGUUUCUUAACCUACAAAACACGUUUGCUCACCUUGUAUAUGCCGCGAAAACGUUGGACAAAAUAAAAAUGAGAAAAAUGACUGCCUAGAGAGAUAAGACAUAUUCGCAAAGUGAGUCUGAAGCAGAGAGAAGUCAGCUGAUUUUUUUCAUUUGUCUAUACGCCUGACAGCGUAUGUGCAAAAUGGCGCUCAGUGGGGCCGAUCCGUGGCUUACGGCUUACGAUGGCUGCGAGACAAAAAGAAGAGAAAUCAUGGGCCUCAUCAUGCAGAGAAACCAGCACGGGCGGCAGACCGCUGCCUAUGUGCAGACCACUGCCAAGGCACGCCAAAUGAUUCGGCAGUACAUGGUGGAUGCAACCAAACUCCAAGAAGAACUAUCCAGGAAUACGCUGUUAAUCACCACUGGAGAGGUGGAGCGGCGCCAGUACAUGGCCAACUCAUUACUAAACAAAGGGCGUGAACUCGAUGCAUUGCUCAACAGCAAAGCACCUGGCCAACCUGGAAGGCAAGAGCUUUUUGGCACUGAACUUUCCAGUGUGAGUGAGGGUGGUUGGAAUGGAGAGGAAACCGAAGCCACACAGAAUCUCUCUGUGGGCGAAAUUAGGCAACAACAACAGAGGAUACUUAGAGAACAAGACAAAGGUCUGGAAGGUCUUUCACAUGUUUUGGGUCGGCAAAAAGAAAUGGCCAUUGGCUUCAACGAAGAGCUCAACCUUCACAAUGAGAUCAUUGAUGAUAUAUCUGAGCACACUGACCGCAUGAGGGAACGCCUUAUAAGAGAAACAAGAAAUGUUGCUGUUGUGGAUAAGAAGUCUGGAACCUGUUGGUACUGGUUUGUUAUAGUCCUUCUUAUGGUUGCCAUCAUUGUCAUUGCUGCUGUCAAGUUUUGAGCGCACGUUUGGGUGUUUUGUGGACCCAAAGAUAUUAACCAGUAUGGAAAUCGCACAGAGCCAAUUAUAAUGUACAUAAGACGCAUACAUAUAUACAUAUAUACGUGAAUUGUUGCUUUUUAUAUUUUAUAUAUUAAUCCAAGAUUUAAAAACACACUUUGUACCCAUUUCAAGGCUUGCAAGUUCGUUUAAUUUUUUUUUGUUGUACGCAAUGAAGUAAUAAAUUAUUUUCUUAUGGAAGAA